AAUUGGCUCGUGUUACACACCGGAAAAUUGGGUCUUGAAACUGAACAGAGCUGCGGCAAGAAGCAAGAACACAUAAUCUAUUCCAACAAUGGCCAAACUCACCACCACUUCAAAUUUCCUCAAAUCACUUCACUCUUUCUCCUUCCUCAGAUUCACUUCUCCUUUCUCCUUUCCAGGUAAACAUCAUUCUCAACACACGUUGGCAACAGAACUAGCUUCAUUAAUCGAAGAACCCUCUUCUUCACCCACCCCUAAACCCGAAACCCGUAUGCAACUCAAACGGUUUCUUGAACUCCGAAUCAAAAAACGGGUCAAAUCUCAACUCAACAACAACGGCAAGUUCCAUAACUUAGUCCAAACCGUCGUUUCAAAUCCCCAAACCCUCACCGACACUUACAACAUUAUCAAAAUCAACUCCAAUAUAACCGUUUCUGCUAAAUGCGGAGAAGAUAACGCUAAAGAUAACGGAGACAGUUAUUAUUAUUUCAUCGAUGACGUGGCAAAAUGCCUUAACGAAGGUAGUUUUGAUGUCAAUACGAAUACAUAUUCGAUCUCAACGAGAAAGAAGAGAAAAAAAUCGAAUUCGAAUGAGAAAGAGGAAAUGUUGACGUUGGUGUUACCUAAUUUGAAGCUGAGAGUUGUUCAGGAAGCUUUAAGGAUUGUUUUAGAAGUGAUUUUCAAGCCGAAUUUCUCGAGGAUAUCGCAUGGUUGUAGGAGUGGGAGAGGACGUGUGGCGGCGUUGAAGUAUAUAUGUAAAGGUGUGGUGAGUCCUGAUUGGUGGUUUACUUUGCUUGUAGAGAAGGAAUUUGAUGGUGCAUUGAUGGAGAAGUUGGUUUGUGUGAUGGAGGAUAAGAUUGAAGAUGAGUUUUUCUUUGAUUUGAUUAGGAGUAUGUUUGAUGCUAGGGUUUUGAAUCUUGAGUUUGGUGGUUUUUGUAAAGGAGAGGGGUUGCCGCAAGAAGGGGUUUUGUCUCCGAUUUUGAUGAAUAUUUAUCUUGAUUUGUUUGAUAGUGAGUUUCGUAGGUUGGAGAUGAAAUAUGAAGGUGUGCACGGUGAUGGAGAGGGUGUUGGUGGAGAUAAGCCGAGCUCUGCAUUGCGCGGUUGGUUUCGUAGACAAUUAGAUAGUAAUGUUGUUGAAAGUUCCGGUGUUAAAGUUUACUGUAUUAGGUUUAUGGAUGAGAUUUUUUUUGCUAUUUCUGGUUCCAGGGAUUGUGCUGUUAGUUUUAAGUCUGAGAUUGAGAGUUAUUUGAAAGAGUAUUUGAUGUUGGAUGUUGGUGAUCGAACCGAUGUGCUGCCUUGUGUAGGGACUGGUAGCGGUGUAAGGUUUUUAGGGACAUUGGUAAAGAGGAAUGUUGAAGAGAGUCAUGCUGUGAAAGCGGUUCACAAGAUGAAAGAUAAAGUUGAGUUGUUUGCUUUGCAGAAGCUCGAGGCUUGGAAUUAUAGGACGGCUAGAAUAGGGAAGAAAUGGUUGGGUCAUGGUUUGAAGAAGGUAAAGGAAUCAGAGAUCAAACAUUUAGCUGAUAGUAGCUCUCUCCUUAGUAAGGUUUCCCAUUUCCGAAAACCUGGGAUGGAAACCGAUCAUUGGUAUAAGCAUUUGUUGAAGAUAUGGAUGCAGGAUGUUGGAGUGAAAAAUGCCAAAAGUGAAGAAAAUGUCUUGUCUAAGUUCGUCGGAGAACCGGCUCUUCCGCAAGAGUUAACAGAUUCCUUUUAUGAGUUUAUGAAACAAACUGAGAAGUAUAUAUCUACUGAGGCAGAUUCAAUUCUCAAGCUUUUGCCAAAUAAUAACAGUUCAACAGAACAGGUUGUAGCUAAAACCGAAAUUAUUGCUCCUAUCUAUGCAAUAAAAAAGCGUCUUGAGAGAUAUGGAUUGACUACAUCAGAAGGAUUCGCGCGGUCUGCUAAUUUGCUUGUCAUGCAUGAUACAGGCGAAAUUAUUGAUUGGUUUUCGGGGAUUGCUUGCCGCUGGCUGAAAUGGUACGAGAAUUGUGCUAACUUUAAUGAGAUAAAGGUUUUGAUAUCGGAUCAAAUUAGGAAAUCAUGCAUUCGUACUUUAGCAACAAAGUUUCGGAUACAUGAAACGGAGAUAGAAAAGCGGUUUGAUGAAGAACUUAGUAGGCUUCCACCAACACAGGACACGGAGAAGGAGGCAAUGAAUGAAGAAUCGGCUGUUCAAGUUUUCGACAACGAUGAGGCGUUAAUGUAUGGAAUUACGUAUAGCGGUUUGUGUUUGUUGUCUUUGGCAAGAAUUGUGACUGAAGCAAGACCGUGUAAUUGUUUUGUAAUAGGCUGUUCAGCUCCAGCACCAAGAGUCUAUACUCUUCAUGUAAUGGAAAGGCAAAAGUCUCCAAGCUGGAAAACUGGGUUUUCGACCUGCAUUCAUCCAAGCUUAAAUAAACGGCGACUAGGGUUGUGUAAGCAACAUUUGAAGGAUUUGUAUCUUGGUCAUAUAUCACUUCAGUCCGUUGACUUUGGUGCAUGGAAAUGAGUGUCUUCAAUUUUAUUAUCAUAAACUUUUGGUUUAAACUUUGGUCAUCAUGUAUUUCUCCACUUCAUUGAAGAUGAAGGUUCUAUUGGAAAUGAAUUGCAUUGCAGAGACAGGAUUCAAUACUUACUACUUGCUGGCAGAUUUUAUUAAGGUAUAAAGGGCAAAAGCAAGUUAUCUUGGAAGAUCUUGCUGAAGAUUUCAAAUUAUGGUGGAUCAUCUGACUUGAGUAAUAAUUUGUCUGAGCUGAAGCAGUAGCCUAUGGUUUAAAGUUAACACCUUAUCAUCCUACAUCAGUAGGUGUUAUGAUCAAAUUAUGUUCUCAGUGCGCUUAACUUGGCCUUCUACAAUGGCAUCAAGGUGAGUGAGGGACUGCAUGAUAUGGAAAAAGGAAAAGGUUUGAUAAGGUUGCAACAAAUUGGAUGCACUAAAUUGAGGCAAGCAUGCAGCAAGAUACUGGUGUUAUUAGCAACGCUAAAUGCAUAUUAGAGAAUUAGUGUUAUUUUCUGUAAGUUUAAUUAUUCUGAUUCUGUUCAUGAAGUCAGUAUCAUAAAGGUACUUCUAUUGGAUUUUGAAUCCAGCGAGAGUUAAGAAUAUAUAUCAAACAUUCAAGCUGAGAAUCUCUAUUCAAUAAUAUGUAUGUAGAAACUCUCUUGAUAUUCAAGCUGAGAAUCUCUAUUCAAUAAUAUGUAUGUAGAAACUCUCUUGCUCUA